GUCACAGUGACGCGGAAGAUGGCGGCGGUGGGAAACAGCUCCAGUCUCUCCAUGGAGUUCCUGCAGAGCCUCACCGACACCGCGGAGCUGCAGGAGGCCUACAGCCGUCUGUGCAGUGAGGAGAAAGAGGUUGAGGCAGAACUGGAAGCCCUGAUUGGACAGCAGAGCAGCAUGGAGGCCAAGAUGGUCGCACUACACCGCAUGGGACCCAACUUGCAGCUGAUUGAGGGCGAUGCCAAGCAGCUCGCAGGGAUGAUCACCUUCACGUGUAACCUGGCGGAAAAUGUGAGCGGCAAAGUGCGGCAGCUUGACCUGGCAAAGAACCGUAUCUACCAGGCCAUCCAGCGGGCGGAUGAUAUCCUGGAUCUGAAGUUCUGCACUGAUGGAGUGCAGACAGCACUGAGGAAUGAGGACUACGAACAGGCGGCCGCACACAUCCACCGCUACCUGUCCCUCGACAAAUCUGUCAUCGAACUCAGCCGGCAAGGCAAUGAAGCCAGCGUCACUGAUGCCAACCUGAACCUUCUGCAAGAGGCUGAGCAGCGUCUGAAAGUCAUUGUGACGGGGAAGUUUGACCUGGCAAUACAGGAGGGUGACCUGCCCCAAGUGGAACGUUUCUUCAAGAUCUUCCCUUUGCUGGGCCUGCACGAGGAGGGGCUGAGCAAGUUCUCCCAGUAUCUGUGCAAACAGAUCGCCAGCAAAGCUGAGGAGAACCUGGUCCUGGCACUGGGCACGGAGACUGAUGACCGCAGGGCUGCAGUGAUAUUUGCUGACACACUCACACUGCUGUUUGAAGGAAUCGCUCGGAUAGUGGAGACUCACCAACCGAUUGUGGAGACGUACUAUGGGCCCGGGCGGCUCUACACUCUCAUCAAGUACCUGCAGGUGGAGUGUGAUCGACAAGCUGAGAAAGUAGUGGACAAGUUCAUUCAGCAGCGCGACUACCACAGGAAGUUCCAACAAGUACAGAGCAGCAUGAUGCGAAGUUCAGCAAUGGACAGAAUUGAGUCCAGGGAAUUGGACACGAUAUUAACAGAGGUGACCCUGAUGAAUGCUCGAGCAGAGCUGUACCUGCGCUUUGUUAAGAGAAGGAUCACUGCAGACUUUGAGGUUUGCGAUGCUGUUGGCACAGAAGAAGUGAAGCAAGAGCAUCAGAAGGCACUGGACAGGUUGUGUAACAAUUGCCUGCUGAGCCGGAAUAUGCAGGAGCUGAUCGGAUACUACAUCACCAUGGAGGAAUACUUCAUGAGAGAGACGGUUAACAAGGCCGUCACAAUGGACGUGUGUGAGAAGGGGCAGCUGACCUCCAGCAUGGUGGACGAUGUGUUUUUCAUUGUGAAGAAGUGCAUCGGUCGUGCUCUGUCAAGCUCCAACAUCGACUGUCUGUGCGCCAUGAUCAACCAUUCCACCACCGUGCUGGAGUCCGACUUCAGGGAGGUGCUCUAUAACAAGCUGCGAAUGGGUUUCCCCGCCACCACCCUGCAGGACAUCCAGCGCGGUGUGACCAGCGCAGUCAGCAUCAUGCAGUCCAGCCUGCAGCAGGGCAAAUUCGACACCAAAGGCAUUGAGAGCACCGACGAAGCCAAGCAAUCCUUCCUGGUGUCUCUGAACAAUGUGGAGCUGUGCAGUGAAAACCUCCUGACACUGAAGAAGAACCUGGAGAAUGACUGUACGAAGCUGUUUAGCCAAGGGCUCGGAGCAGAACUUGCUCAAGCCAAGAUUGACAGCUGCCUAUCAGACCUGGCUGCUGUGUCCAACAAGUUCAGAGACCUCCUGCAGGAAGGUUUAGCAGAAUUGAACUCCACAGCUGUUAAACCUCAGCUUAAGCCCUGGAUAAAUGGAUUCCUCUCAGUCACUCACAACAUCGAGGAGGAGGAGUUCAAUGACUAUGAGGCCAAUGAUCCCUGGGUUCAGCAGUUCAUUGUGAACCUGGAGCAAUUAAUGGCUGAGUUCAAGGUCGGAUUAUCCCCUGUUAUCUAUGACCACCUGACCAGUCUGAUGACCAGCCUGAUUGCUAUUGAGCUGGAGAAGGUGGUUCUGAAGUCGACGUUCAGCCGGCUCGGCGGGCUGCAGUUUGACAAGGAACUCCGGUCACUUGUGGCUUACUUGACCUCCGUCAUCACGUGGACCAUUCGGGACAAGUUUGCUCGGCUCUCCCAGAUGGCGACAGUCCUGAACCUGGAAAGAGUAACGGAGAUUUUGGAUUACUGGGGGCAGAAUUCUGGCCCUUUGACAUGGCGGCUGACCCCGGCUGAGGUUCGCCAGGUCCUAGCACUCCGCAACGACUUCCGCAGCGAGGACAUCAAGAGGCUUCGCUUGUAGUAUGUGCCUGGGAUCUUUGGAAAGCAAUGGGCCUUGGAUCUUUAUCCUUCCUUUAAGUGGAAAUAGACAUGGUCUGUUCAUGUGGUCGAGUGCUCACUGUCACAACUGACACUCCUAGAGACUCACUAAACAAAGCCGUGGGUUAUUAUUGGGCACCAACCAACAGGAACCAUAUAAUUGACCUGCGGAGGCUAAUCGUGCUGGUUUUCGUGGAGAGUUACAGACUACUUUUCCUUCUCUAGUUUUAAAAGGAAUCGUCUUCCUAUUAGAAUAAAUGCUGGACCUUCUGGUGUAUUUGGAGCGUGCGGUAAAGGUGGCAUACGGUGCUGCAUCCGAAUUUAUGUGAUAUCAGACUGCUUUAUCCUGAAACCUUUUCACACAGAUGAUUAAAUGUAUAUUUACGGCAAUGCUUCACAGGGUCGGCAAGAAUGAAACUCCAGGACUUGGGAAUCUCAGCCUGAAGUCUGUUGGGACAGGUUGGCUCUGAAUGUCAAAAGGGAAAUUUCAGAGGGAGCUGUGUGUUAUAAUACAAUUCUCAAUCCUUUAUAAUGUCUUCGAGAUGUCUCAAAGCGCUUCCCAGAUUAUA